UGUUGAGUGAUGGUUACAUUAUCCUAUGCUUGUGAAAUUAUUUCAACUACACUUUUGUCUUAUCCCUAGGAUGACAUCUAUAUUCAUGGUGUCCUUUCUCCUUUGCUUUGCUCAUGGGCAUGCUGCUUUUCUAUGUAUGCUGACUGAAUAUACCAUGUACGUGGAGAUGGAAGAGUGUAGUCACUGCAUUGCCAUCAACACAACAAUAUGCUCUGGAUACUGCUCAACUAAGGAUCCUAAUAUGAAGGGAAAUUUACCGGAGGCCAAACUGAAUCAGAAGAUCUGUACAUACAGUGACUACAUUCUCAAGACGGUUUCAAUCCCUGGUUGCCCAGUGCAUGUCAAUCCACACUAUACCUACCCUGUAGCACUGAGUUGUAGUUGUGACAGAUGUAACACAGGCUAUAUUGACUGUGUACAGGAUAGUAUUGAGUCAAAUUACUGUACAAAGCCAAGAAAGCCGAAAGAUUUCUUCUACAAUUAUGCCAAAAAAUUCAUUGGGCAUAAAUUUAAGUAAACCUGUUGUAAUGGAACACUCCAUAAUCCAGCAUGUCUCUGCAACAGCAGAUGCCAUGAAGUGCCUUAACAUACCCUCUGCUUGCCAAAUGUAGCUCCAGGAAGUGCCCACAUCUGGGCCAUAUACAGAGACCCAUCUUUACAAGCUGUGUUCCAGACCAACUCACAGCAAAUUCAGCAUCUGCAUUUUGGAGCACCCUAGGUUCAAGAACUUCAGGAUAUGUGUCAACAGCUAAUGGUUCCUGCCAUUGCAUAUUCUUGCUGGUUUAUACAGGUUUACUUUAACAGAUUUCCCAAAAAUAUAUCCAGGUUUGCAUUUGUUUAGAGAAGCAGAUAAGUGUUAAAUAUAGGUUCACUGUUUAAAAACAUUAGAUAACAUAUACUGUUUAACGUUUCUUUUACUGCAGAAAGUUGAACUAAAAUCAAUAUCUAUAAUCAAA